GUCCUCUUCCCUCUUUUAGAUUUUAGUGGCUACAAACAUCGAAACAUUAGCCAGAAACCAUCGCAUUGAAUAAGCUCCGGUGUUGGAUUCUGAGCAUAUAAUAAGGCACUAAAAAGCUAAAGCCUGUGGCGUCCAGAGCCAUCCCAUUCGCUUUGCCCCACGAUCUCAGCUCCGAGACUUUCCCCUUCUCUCUAUCUCUAUCUCCUCGGCAGGGAGGCAGCUGGGAGCAGCCAGUGGUGGGAGGGAGCACCGGAGGUGGAAAGGAACAAGGGAAGAUCCAAGACAAAGUUAUAAGUUGGUGAGGAAGGGCGAGUAAAGAACGCGGCAGUCCAUGCUUGGGAGACUGAGCAGUGUGUGAGAUAGUGUCUCUCUCUCUAUCUCUCUCUCGCCCUCCUUCCCACGCGCUCCACUCCCGAGACCCCUCCUCUCUCUCUCUUCAGCUCUAUUAGACCAUUCUGCCGGGCGCUGCUGCUUCUCCCUCUCCUGCUGCUAACCAUCCGCCACACAAAACAAAGCCGUAACACAUGCUCCUCGAUGCCAUAAACGGUUGCUGCUUCGUCCUUUUUACCUCCUCCUCAGCACUUUCUCUUCUUCGUCAUCGUAUGCCUCUUGUGUUCUCGGCUCACUCAGAGAACGUAUAGAAGAAGAAGAAGAAGAAGAAGAAGAAGAAGAAGGAAAGGAGGGGGGAGGAAGAAGAGGAAAUGAUUACGCUUGCGGACUUCUACCAUGUGAUGACGGCGGUGGUGCCGCUGUACGUGGCGAUGAUACUGGCGUACGGGUCGGUGAAGUGGUGGAAGAUCUUUACGCCGGACCAGUGCUCCGGGAUCAACCGCUUCGUGGCGCUCUUCGCGGUGCCGCUGCUGUCCUUCCACUUCAUCUCCACCAAUAACCCUUAUGAGAUGAACAUGCGGUUCAUCGCGGCGGACACGCUGCAGAAGCUGAUGGUGCUCGCCGUCCUCGCCGCCUGGUGCAGGCUCAGCCGCCGUGGCUCCCUCGAGUGGACCAUCACCAUCUUCUCGCUGUCCACCCUCCCCAACACGCUCGUGAUGGGCAUCCCGCUGCUGAAGGGCAUGUACGGGAGCUACUCCGGCACCCUGAUGGUGCAGAUCGUGGUGCUGCAGUGCAUCAUCUGGUACACCCUCAUGCUGUUCCUGUUCGAGUACCGCGCCGCCCGGAUGCUGAUCUCGGAGCAGUUCCCGGACACCGCCGGGGCCAUCGCGUCCAUCACUGUCGACUCCGAUGUUACGUCGCUGGACGGGCACCGCGACAUGCUGGAGACGGAGGCGGAGAUCAAGGAGGACGGUAAGCUGCACAUCACGGUGCGUCGGUCGAACGCGUCGCGGUCGGACAUCUACUCCCGGCGGUCCAUGGGGUUCUCUGCCACCACCCCCCGCCCCUCCAACCUCACCAACGCAGAGAUCUACUCGCUGCAGUCGUCCAGGAACCCCACGCCCCGGGGCUCCAGCUUCAACCACAACGACUUCUACUCCAUGGUGGGCCGGAGCUCCAACUUCGGCGCCGCCGACGUCCACGGCAUGAGAGGCGUGGCCACGCCGCGGCCCUCCAACUUCGAGGAGGAGCACGGCGUGGCCAAUGCUGCCGGAGCGCCCAACGCCAGCAACGCAGCUGCCAAGUCCAAGCCCAAUUACCAGUUGCCGGUGACGGCGGCCACGCAGAACUACCCAGCACCGAAUCCUUCGGUUUUCUCCGUGGCGGCGCCGCCCACCGCUCCCAAGGCGUCAGCGGCCGCAGCGGCGAUAGGACCUAAAAAGGCCAACGGGCAAGCCCCCCUGUUCAAGGCGGAAGACGGUGGGACUAAGGAUCUCCACAUGUUCGUCUGGAGCUCCAGCGCGUCACCGGUCUCCGACGUAUUCGGUGGCAACAACACCAAUCACCACGAGUAUGGCUUGCCGGCCGCUGAUCCUUCGGCCAUGAAAGAAGUCCGAAUGGCUGUUUCUCCGGGCAAAGUGGACGGGCGGAAGGAGUACCGGGAGGAGUAUCUCGACAGGGACAACUUCAGCUUCGGAAACAAAGGAAUGGAAGACGGAGAAGGCGGCGGGCACGAAGACGGCGGCGACAAGGUUCAAGGCGCGGCCAAGGGCGGGCUCAUGCGGGCGACGGCGAUGCCGCCGACGAGCGUCAUGACGAGGCUAAUCCUAAUCAUGGUGUGGAGGAAGCUGAUCCGCAACCCCAACACCUACUCCAGCCUGAUCGGCGUCGUCUGGUCCCUCGUCUCCUUCAAAUGGCACGUUAACAUGCCUGACAUCGUGUCGCACUCCAUCUCCAUCUUGUCGGAUGCAGGCCUCGGAAUGGCCAUGUUCAGCCUCGGGCUGUUCAUGGCGCUGCAGCCAAGGAUCAUAGCAUGUGGGAACUCCGUAGCAGCUUUUGCCAUGGCCGUGAGAUUCCUGACAGGCCCAGCUGUCAUGGCCGCCGCCUCCAUCGCCGUGGGUCUGCGUGGCGUCCUCCUCCGCAUCGCCAUUGUGCAGGCGGCGCUCCCACAAGGCAUCGUCCCCUUUGUGUUCGCCAAGGAGUACAACCUGCAUCCCGAUAUCCUCAGCACAGCGGUGAUAUUUGGGAUGCUGAUCGCGCUGCCCAUAACACUGGUGUACUACAUUUUACUUGGCCUGUGAUGUAAAGCAUCCUUCUCCCCAUAGGCAAAAGAUUGGGCGGUCCUUGUCGCUACAGGAAAUGGCAGCACAGGUAGAGAAGAUUAACCAAGUAACCCCAAGUUGUGCGAGAGGGAAACCGAUCCCACUCGGAGCAGAAUGCAGUUCAUUUGAGACGUGUUGGUGUAAAAUGAUGUGUUAUUCAAUCCCACAUCUCUCUUGUUCCUUCUUUGUUCUA